UAGGACAUUUUCCGAGGGCAUCUUUGCAAACUAGUCCCUGUCGAGAUGACAUCCCCAAGAACAAAGCAAGAUAGCUAAUGGAUUUUCUAAAAAAAAAAAAAAAGGUGAAAAAGACCAUUUCGAUAGUGUGAUUCGCGUCGACGAUCUUCUUGAUCCUUGAAACCCAAUCCCCACGCGGUCUUAAAACUUCGAAGUAAAAAUUGAGACACCCAAACGCAAAAUCUGCCAUCGUAAUCGCCCACAAAACCCAGGUUUCAGAACUGAUCAGAAAUCUCUACCGAAAAUGAUGCACAUGACCUUCUAUUGGAGCUACAAAGUCACCCUCCUUAUCGACUCCUGGAAGACUCGUUCAUGGACGAGUUACACCCUGAGUUUACUUGCCUGCCUGCUGGCCUCCGCUUUCUACCAGUACCUGGAGAAUCGCCGUAUUCGCCUGAAGCUCAUUUUAUAUGGGAAGCCGUCUCAGACGCCGCAGAUCCGGACCCCUCUUCUGCAAUCGAAUCUCGCCGGAGAAAAAGUCAAGCUGGAAGUGAAGUUCGCCGGAGCGAUUCUGUUUGGGGUGAACUCGGCGAUCGGAUAUUUGCUGAUGUUGGCCAUCAUGUCAUUUAACGGAGGGGUCUUUGUUGUGAUCGUGGUGGGCCUUUCCAUCGGCUACUUCUUUUUCAGGACGGAGGGAGAGGAUGUUUCACUUGUUGUUGACAAUUCCUGUGCUUGCGCUUAAUUUGAAAGUACCAAGACUUGAAGAAGAUCGACCGUGUUUUGGAUUUCCUCCUACAGAAUAAUUAAUUGUAUCAUUAUAUUCUUUUUUAUGUUUCUGGGAACUCAGGAUCUGGUAUUUAGGAUGACUUUUGUGCUAUAUAUUACCAUAUCCAUCACCUGUGUUCUAUGCUGAACUGUUUAAUCUGAAAUGAUGUUUGCUUUU